UAAUCGUCGGCCUAAAAUGGCGUACAGACCUUUGGAGAUUACAGUUCUCUCGGCCAAAGGUCUCAAAGACGUCGGCCACUUCUCCAAGAUGGACGUCUAUGUCGCCGUCCGCAUCUCUGGCGAUCCUCGCAGCGAACACGUCACGCCGGUCGACCAGGACGGCGGGUCCGACCCCUCCUGGAACUACACCGUGAACUUCGCCGUCGACGAGGCCCGCGUUCAGACAAAUAGUCUGAGUCUCGUCUUCAAGCUCCGCCACGAGCGGAAGCUCCUCGGAGACAAGGACGUUGGAGAAAUCCACGUGCCCGUCAAGGAGCUCUUUGACAAUGCCGGCAACGCCAAGUCGCCGGUCUUGGCUGAGUACCACGUCAGAAUGGCCUCCGGCAAGGCCAGAGGGAAACUCAGGUUUUCUUACAUGUUUGGAGCAGUUUAUAAGAACGAAGCAUAUGUUAAUUACACCCACACGCCGCAUAAUUCAUAUUCGCCGGAGAUAUACCCGCCGCCGCCUGUGGCCGGACCUUACCCGCCGCCACCUCUACCGCACACCGCACCCACUGCUUACCCGCCACCUCCGCCUGUGGGAUACCCUCCUCUGCCAACGGAACCGGUGGGCUAUGGAUAUCCAGCAUACAGCGGGCACCCGCCGCCGGCGGGGUACCCAUCGAUGUGGCCGGGAUAUGGGUAUACGGCGCCGCAGCAACAGCAACCGAAGAGGAAAAAGUCCGGGCUAGGAUUGGGAACGGGUUUAGUAGGGGGUCUGAUCGGCGGGAUGUUGAUCGGAGACAUGAUGUCUGAUUCUUCUGGUUACGAGGCAGGAUAUGAUGCCGGAUUCGAUGAUGCCGAUGGUUUCUAGUUUUCCGGUGAUCCAUUCACUAUUAAUUGGUUUGAAUUUCUUUGUUUCCAUUUCUUGUAUCUCUGGCGUUUGUAAUAUCUGUGGCUUGUGUAUGCAUGGUUGCAAGUUGAUACGCAGCAACAUGCAACAUGCACGGUUAACUUAAAGUUGAUCGGAGAAUGAAAAUCUCUUUUUUUUUUUUUUUGCUUGCAACUACGACUGUAUCAUUUUAUUAUUAUAUAUUUAUAGUUUCAGUUUAUUUUAAUUACAUUCACUCAA